AUGUUUGUUAUUGUUAUUAUUAUUAUAACAAAUAAUACAACUCAUUAUUUCACCAUUUCAUCGAAACAAAAAGAAUUAACACGAAUUUGGUAUUUGACUGACAUAUGGUCUGUCACUUUUAUAGAUGAUGACAGUGUCAGUUUCAGUGAUGUCUCUUUUUUUUUGGCAUUCACUUCAUUGUUGGAAAUUCUUGCAACAAUCAAACAGCGGAUGAAAUCGCAGCACUUAUCUAAAGCUAUUAAAACGUGA